GAUAAAUAAAUAAAUAGGACCAUUGCGCAGACAUAACCUCAUAUAACCUUCAAUCAUGUGACUUUGUUUAUUUACAUAAAUUACCCGGUUCAACCGUGAUUUUAUUGGCCAAUUCGUUAAUAAAAGUUCUUUAAUAAUAUUUACGUGAUUUUAUUCAGCUAUUAACUAUUUACUAUGGAAGAAAUUACGACUCGACAAGCUUUUCUCAAAAUUAAACCUUACUGUGAUUCUUUAAUGAAAACUCCAAAAGCUGAUCAUGCCAGUAAAGUUGAGAUUCAAAUAAAAAAUUUGCCAAAUUCUGUGGUGCAAGAUCUAACAGAAUACAUUUUGUACCCAGUUAUUGUUCACAUUCAAAACGUUGGAUUAGAUGCUAAAAUUAAUUUGGUGGAUAUAAUAACAACAACUGUUUCUAAAAUAACUCUUAGAAACAUUGACUUUUUCAACAAGCUCUAUUUUUGUGUGGUUUUGACUAUUUAUGAUCCAUCACAAAAUACUUUGGUUAUUUCGGGACAUGAAGAAUUAAAAUUAAGUGUGACAACAUGUUUGAAAAGCUUAAUGUUACAUGCAUCAUCAGAUGUUAUCGAAAAAUUUUAUACUCGAGAAAAUGCUUCAAAAAUUAGUCAAAGCAUUUAUUUAUGUCUUUCAAUAGCUAAAACAGAAAAGUUAUUCUCUUUAAAAAUAUCAGCCAUCGAAGCAUUGAUGACCUUAUCAUAUAUUCAUGAAAACGCCGAUCCUUCUGAUAUUGUCUUACAAAAUCAAGUAGCCGAUAUAAUAAUGUUAUUUCUCCCUGGAAUUGUAAAAGGACUACAAGAAAUUUAUUUAGAGAAUGAUAUAAUUAAUCAUAAGGUCAUUGUAGCAGCAGUAAAAGCUCUAGGACGUAUUUUAGCUUUAGUAAUGGAAGAUUUACCUCAAGAAGAAAAACCUUUGGACUUUUUAAACUUAGUAAAUUCAACAAAAGCUUCUAUUUCUGAUCCACUGGGUAUUUAUUUAAACCAAAAAGGUCAUGAAGGUAUGGAAAAAUUGAUACAAACAGUUACAAGAACCCAAGAAUGGUUUGAUGCGGCAUCAGAAAAACUUCAACAUCCGAUACAAAAUUUACUUAAUUUAACAAAACAUUCACACAUCAACGUUAGAAGAGAAUUAGUAGAAACAACAAUAUUACUUAUUACAAAAUGUCCAAGAAAUUUGAAUAACAAUUUCAUUGAUCUUGUAGACAUUCUUAUUAUUUUAUCAGAAGAUGAUUCUUUAGACGUAAGCAAUAUCUCAAAAAAUGCACUAGAUAAAGUUAACUCAAUAGUGAUUGAAUAUAAAAUGCGAUCAGUUGUAGAAAUGUUAGAGGAACGUUUUUAUAAGUUGCUUAUACAGCUACCAAGACUCAUAAGAAGAUCAGAUGAUGUUACGCAAUUAUCAUAUUUAAAUCAAUUAAUAGGGUACAUAAAAAUCUUAGGCAAGGAAAGACUACCUUUGGUUAUGGCUUCUGCUUCUCAUUUACAAAAACUGAUAUUAUCUCUUGUUUCUAUUAUAGAAAUUGAUUACAGUGGUGUAUCAAUUCUGGAAGAUAAUCAGUUGAGAACAAUAGAGGAUUGUGCAGAUCCAUCAAAUAUUUCUUGGAAGAAAUUUAAGUUUAUUCGAGACUUAGAGACAGAAAAAAAAUUGAUUCUUAUAUGUAAACUUCUUGGAACAACUGGUGAUUUAUAUAUUCUAGUUGACACAAUUUUCGAAAUGAUGACGAACAUGAAACAUUAUCGAAAAGAAUUGAUUUUACUACUAAAUUGGACUUUGCAAUGGACAAAAGAAGCACCAGCUUCUUUAUAUCAAGACGUAAUCAAUGACUAUAUAGACCAUGAAUUUUGGUAUUUACCUUUAGAGUCUAGUGAGAAUGAAGAAAUUCCUUUGCGAUUUUUGCAAAGUAACGUUGUUCAAUCCUGUCUUUUAAUAGAAGGAUUAGGAUUAUUUGCAUCUGUACUUCAAGAAGAGUAUCAACAUUUUUUACUGAAAACAUUGUAUUUAGUCAUUGAAAAAGCGGGAAGCGGGAAUGGAUUGAUUAGUUAUGUAGGUCAUCAAGCCUUAGAAGCGAUAGCUAAAUCUCAAGGAUGUGAAAACAUUACUACUCUAAUUCGAAACAAUGUUGAUUAUAUUUCUUAUCAUGUCACAAUGAAAUUAAAGAGGAUAGAGAGAAACCCUGGAGUCUUAAACGUCGUUGCUGUUGUCAUAAAGUAUAGUUCAAUAGAUAUGCUCCCAUGUUUGAAAGUAAUUGUUGAGGAUGCUCUAGAACAAUUGAGUUCUCAAUUUUCAAAAGGUAACGCCUAUGCGAUGUUAAAAGUUCUUUAUACGUUUACAAUAUGUUUACGACAGUUAUUAGGAAUUAAAAGUAUUGAAAAAGAUAAUACAAUUGAACAAAAUAAAGAUAAUAUUGCUGAACAAAUAAUUCAAACUCUUUUAGAGUAUCACAAUGCGAAAAAAGUAUCAGAAGAUUUUGAAAAUAAUGAACUUGGUGGUAAACCUGAAGAUAUUUUAAAAGAAUUGCAAGAAAAAAAUGACCUACAAUCAGAUUAUGAUGUUGACGAUAAUGAAAAUGAAAAAAAGGAACCUCCAGAGUACAUUAAAAUGACAGAAAACGUAAUGAAAACAUGUUUACAUUUCUUACCUUCUCCAGAUAUUUCUAAAUGUUUGUUAGUGAUGCAAACACUCCAACAUGGACUCUAUAUUCUCGCUGAUUGGAGUGAACAACUGUUACCGAUUGUUCAUCUAUUGUGGCAUCCUUUAGUUGAUCGUUUUCAAGCUUCCAAUAUUCUUAUUAUCAACCAUGCUUGGCAACUACUUUAUACAUUGGCUCUUGUAUCAGAAGAUUUCAUUAGAUCGAGGACGCUUAAACAAGUAUCGCCUGCUUUAUUAAAAUUUUUAGAUAAUUCUGCAAAAGAAAGUUACAAAAAGGAUUCAAAAAGUACUUAUAAAUUUACGCAAAUCUUUAAACUUCAAAAACUACUACUAACUCAAAUGGGACAGGUUGCUAAAUAUAUUAAGCUCCAUGAACCCGAUCUAUGGAAUUUACUCACGCUGGCUGAACCUUACUUAAACUGCAAUCAGCAUCCUGAAUUACAAGAAUGUUGUAUAACUUUGUAUAAAAAAAUAGCAGAAAUCAAUGGAGACAUCGUGUGGGUUAAAUGUCUCAGUUUAUGGCAUUCCCAUGUCAUGCCUAUUCGGCAAAACAAAUCGUUCAGUAUGAAUGAUUUAAAAAUGAAUGAACAAACAGAUAAUAAUAGUGAAUAUUUGAAAAAUAUUCGUGAAAUAUUAAUGUAUAUUGAUAAAAUUACCGAUGCAAUUAUUAGAUAAAAUUUAAUAACUGUAAAACAGUAGAUGUAAAUUUUGUACAGCAAAUUUAUAGAUUUGAUUU